GAUUUAAUAGUUACGAGGUAGUUCCAUUUGUGCAAAUGGAUUUGUUUGGAUUUAUAUUCGCCAUAUUUCUGAUAAGAAAAAAUGUUUUUGCAGUUGAAAUUUCAAUGGAAGUACAAGUAGGAGGUGCAGCCACGCCCGGCUGCAUCGGUGGGGACAAACUCACGGCUGCAGAUUUAGAAGAAUUGGGUAAAGAACUGGAGAAAAAAAUUGAAGCAGCAUUGUUGGAAAAUCCGGGAAGUGACAUCAUCAUAACAACUAACUUCUAUCAAGGCGACAAAUUUCAUUCGACGCAGGUUACGAAUUAUGACGCAACAACAAUUGCUAACCAAGAUUUAUACACGUGCGACGUCACACUGGGAAUGAUUUGCUAUUGGCUUGUUCGGGGGGAAUUCCGCUACAGCGAAGCUGAAGAAGCUUGUCGAGCAAAUGGCAAUUAUGAAGUCGCUGUGAUACCGGAUGAAAACACGUACGACAUGGUGGUCCAGUUUUUGACGACCAAACUCACAACAACCCAGUUGUUCAUCUGGAUAGGAUCGGAGAUUUCUGAUGAGGUAUACUUGAUGGAAUUUAUUUCAUGGAUAGGGUGCGGCUACGAUCACUUAUUUAUGAUUGUGUUUUUAUUGCAGUGACAAGUAGUGGAAGUUGUUGGUGUUCAGCUUCUAAAGCCGAACUCAUCAAUGACAACAGCGUUUUAAAAACGUAAUUCCCGUCCUUAUAAAUUGAAUUAGAUAUUGAACCUCUGG